AUGUCUCCAAUAGGUGAUAGGUUGCCCGCAGCCACGUAUGGCUUUAUUGGCAUUGGCAAUAUGGGCUGUCCCAUGGCAUGGAAUCUCCGCAAGAAGAUCCCCCAAGAAUCGAAGCUUAUCAUUUGCGACAUCGUUGCAGAGAACGUUCAAAGAUGCUUGGCAAAGUGUGAAGGACUUGGCCCCGUGGAAGUUGCUGCGAAUCCGAAAGAGAUUACGGAGAGUUGCGACAUUGUCAUCUCGUCACUCCCGCCCAAGCAGCCAAUUGAGAUUGUCUUUCGACAUCCAGAGACUGGGAUCCUCGCGGCGAAGCCGGGGGCUGUGCCAAAGUUGUUCAUCGAGACUUCCUCAAUUGAUGUGCCAAGCCAGUUGUCAUUUGCCAAAGCGAUAGAGAAAGCCAAACUUGGCGAACUGGUUGAUUGUCCAGUCUCGGGCGGCAUAUUCGGUGCGGAAGACGCCACACUAAGCAGUGUUAUGGGAGGUUCAGAAGAGAAUUUCCGACGUGUGAAGCCAAUCAUGUCUACCAUGGCGAAUCCAGAACACCUCUUUCACGCCGGGGCAGUAGGCUCUGGACUUGCGUGUAAAAUCAUUAACAACUACGUUGCAACAGUCAGCUAUGUGGCACUAUGCGAAGGGAUGAAUGCUGGGGUUCGAUACGGGCUGGACCCAAAGGUUUUGGGAGACUUGAUAAAUGCAAGUAGUGGUAUGUCAUGGAACUCGAAGUAUAUGAACCCGGUAAAGGGUGUGUGCCCUGGCUCAUCUGCCGAGAAAGACUUUGAGGGAGGCGCAAGCUUUACUCUAGCUGCAGAAAGCACUGAGAUGGCUGCGAAUUUGAUGAACAUAGUGGGCGCCCGAUCACUUUGUACCCCAAUGCUGAGGGACAUCUGGAGACGAGCCGUGACGAAUUCUCAUACCAAGGGGAGGGAGUAUCGCAGCAUCUACUGGCUAUUCUCCAAGGAUGACGGCGAGGGUCUCGGUAACGUCUUUGUCGAAUGA